AUGGCAUCCUCAGCUCCUCCCUCUCUGGACGGCCGUGCCAUGUCGUACAUGUUCCUAUUGGCGCUCCAAUUUGGAUUUCAACCGGCAUUGACCCGACAAUUCACUCCCUCUGGGAUCAAUCGCUCCACCGUCAUUUUGGUCCAAGAAAUCAUGAAAUUUGGAUUUGCCGCUUCCAUGCUCCGAUUGUCGUCGACGCCAGACGAAAUUGCCAAACUCUAUCAACGAUGGAGUCUCGGGGAAUGGUUCCAAGUGGCUGCCGUACCGGCGGGAUUGUAUGCCGUCCAAAAUGUCGCCGCCUUGACGGCCUACCAACAUUUGGAUGCACUCACAUUCAAUGUCCUCAAUCAGACCAAAACACUCAGUGCCGCACUCUGCUGCUAUGUCGUCAUGGGACGACGGCAGUCCGUGAUGCAAGUACUCGCACUAUUACUACUGCUAGUCAGUGCCUUGAUUAUGGAAGGAGUCCUGCCCUUGCCGGGAAGUGAUGGUAGUACAUCCACAUCAUCAUCAUCAUCAUCCGAAGAUGACACCCAAUCAAACUGGGACACCCAACAUUUGACUUAUGGAGUGUUUCCCAUUUUACUGGCCAGUUUUAUUUCGGGAUUGGCAGGAGCAUUGUCCCAGAAAAAUCUACAAUCGGCCGGAGGAGGACGCAAUCCCUAUCAAUUCAGUAUGGAACUAUGUGCCGCCAGUGCCACCAUGUUGGGACUCAAACUGGCCGUCAACUCCAUUUCAUCGGGCCACAACAACAGCAAAUCAGUUAUAGGAGGAGGCAGCAUGUGGGAGGGAUGGACACUGGCCACAUUGAUCCCCAUUGCCACCAAUUCCGCCGGGGGAAUUGUCGUGGGAUUGGUCACCAAAUAUGCCGGGAGUGUACGGAAAGGAUUUGCACUUAUUUUUGGAAUCUUACUCAGUGGAUUGGUACAAGAAUUUGUCACCAAGGAGGAAGGAGGAGGAUCCGUGCGACCCGAACAAAUUGUGGGAGGACUGAUAGCCGCCGUCAGUCUUUACCUUCAUGCCACCAAUCCACCGCGACCGAGUACUAGUAGUAGUCCAUCAUCAUCAUCAUCUGUGGAUGACACGAAAAAGACCAAUUAG